AUGAAUCCUCUUAUUUUCACAUGUUCAAAGGCAUUAGAAUAUCCCCAGGAGUUUUUGGACGAGGUACAUAAGAUUUUGGUGGUUGUGGGGGCCACAAAUAUAGUGAAAGUUGAGUUGUCUUCCUAUCAGCUUAAGGCAGUUGCACAGACUAGGUGCAAGAUGUGGCAGGAUAGCCAAGUGUUGGGCGGAGUACUGGUCCUAGUAAAGGAGGCAACAGAAACAAUUUUGGCAUCCAUGAGCAUCCCAAAUUCAAAAAGGGGCAGCAGAGUUCAUGGAACUCUAACUUUAAGAGGAGUACAGAACCUAGAAGAAGGCAGACGCGAGCCCAAGAAGGGCAAUGAAGGUGAUAUGCAGCGUCCCAGAAAGAAGUGUGCUAAGUGUGGCUGUGCUGACAGUGGAGAGUGUAGACAGGGAACUAAUGCUUGUUCUAGUUGUGGUAAGAGAGUGCACAUGGUUAAGGACUGCCCACUUAACAGGGGUCAGGCUGGAGGGUAUACGCUUUCCUUUGUAACUCCUUUACUUGCCCUCACUUUUGAGAUGUUGCCUUAA